UGUUUCGGGGAAAAAAAUGUAUUCAGCUCCCCCCAUUUCAAUGAACGGCUUCGAACAAGCAGUGAUCCACCGAUCCACAGCAAGCCGUCUUCUUUGAUCCACAUUCUGCAAGAAGUCGUCUUCUUCGGUUCGCGUGAUCUCUGCAAGAAUUAAGUUUCUGCUUCACACUGUGUUGGUUUGCUCGUGUUGAGUGGAAAUUGAAUCCGCUAUCGGGGGGGUGCGUCGUAUUGGGAAUCGUUGAAAUGGAGAAGCCUCUUCGCUACGAUGAGGCAGACAUAAAUGUGUCUACAAGUUUGGUUGAUAAGAUAUAUGGUGGUUUCUCUGAUGGUUUGCAUUUCGCUACUCCAAGUUCGAGCUUGAGGACAAAUGAAGUUGACCUGGUAAGAGGUGUCUUGCAGAUAUUGGAAGGUUUAUCCAGUUCUUUAUUCAAUUGGGACCAAGGCAAGAAGUGUUUCUGUGCCACAACAGGCAUAUAUGUCACCCAUCUUUCUCGGACAAGUCUUCAUGCCAUUCUGAGUCAGUUUAGCUAUGCUGCUACUUGCUUAAAGCUGGUUGAUCUUAUAGUUGAUAGGGUAAAGACAUCUUCAAGAUCACCUCCCCCUACAUUGAGGGCAUUUGCAUGUUCUGUUUCCUCAUGGAUUGUGAGAUUGCGGCAGAUUGCUUUGAAGGAGGAAAUUCAGAUGAGCAAUACAAAUAGUGGAAUGACACCAACCCUGUUGGGACUAGCAAGUUCUUUAUCCAGUCUUUGCUCAGGUGCUGAGUAUCUUUUGGAAGUAGUUCAUGGAACAAUUCCUCUGGCGUACUUUGAGCCUAUGUCUUCUGUUACAGCUUCUGAAGUGGCGGUUCAUAUCCUUGACUCACUUUAUAAGAGGCUAGACGAAGCUUGUCUAGUACAAGGUGGUGAGGAGGAAGCUUAUCAGAUGCUACUUUAUUUAUUCGUUGGAAGCGCAUUACCAUAUAUAGAGGGUCUGGAUUCCUGGCUUUAUGAAGGGAUAUUGGAUGAUCCUUUUGAGGAGAUGUUCUUUUAUGCUAACAAGGAUGUCACGGUCGAGGAUGCUGACUUUUGGGACAGGAGUUAUCUUUUGAGACUAGCACAGGAUUGCAAGUUAGAUGCUCAGAAAUCUGUUGUCAAUAACUCCAAGGAUCAUGUACCUUUAACGGGUGAUAUUAAGGAAACAAUGGAAAGGGAACUGAAUCUUGGCUCUUUGAAAGCUAGGGAGUGGAGUGAUAGAGAUAGGCAAGUGUGUCCUAUGUUUAUGAAGGACAUUUCUAAAUCAAUUGUUUCUGCUGGCAAGUCAUUCCAGCUAAUACAGCACGUUCCAACAAUUUCCUCUGAUUCUCGGAGAAGUAAUUAUGAAACUGAUGCUUCAGGAGGUUCUGUUAAUCUUAACGGCUUAACAAGGAUUUAUUGUAGGCAGAGCAUGGCCGGAUUGACUCUAUCAGAAACCUUUUCUGUGUCACUGGCUGGUCUUAUUGGCUAUGUUGAUGAAUUGUCGAGAUACUUUCAGCAAGGUGACUGCUUCCAAUUGGAGAUGAGACCUUCUUUUGAAAGCCAUGCCGACCACCAAACAAAAGUGGGGAAAGGAGAGGAAGCGUUGCCUUCUUCUUACCUCUCAGAGAAGACAUGGUUCAAGCUUUUGAUGAAUACAAUUUCUCAAAGGAAAGAGAUUUAUUGUGAUACUAGGGCAGCAAGUGAUGUUCUUAAUGUGGAGCACCGUACUAUAGGUUCAGAAGUAAUUGAUGAUGAUCUUUCUGUUGGGUCAUUUUGUCCUGAGAAUCCAGUUCUUACUGUUUGCCAUAAAAGACUAGCUAAGAGUGUGGAUGCCUGGAAAUGGCUAAACUUAUCUAAAUGCUAUCAUCUUCCUCCACUGAAUGAUGAGGUCUUGUGGAAGGCAAUUUUUGGUGAAGAGAGUGGACAAACUCAAGGAACUGAUUUUGCAUUUAAAUUUAGUUUUGGCCAGUUUGAAUAUCAACAUGCGCAAAAUGACACAAAGCUAUUAGAAGGGUUGUUUCCUUUUCCUACUCUUCUUCCUUCCUUUCAGGAUGACAUCCAUGUGUCAGGACUCUUGCCAUUUCAGAGAAAUAGUACGCUUCCAUCAAGAACACUUGGUUGGAUUCGACAUGUUGAACCAAGAAGUACUCCCCUUCCUCUGGCCAUUAUGCAGGAAUGCCUUGCGGUUUACAUAGAGAAGCAGGUGGAUUAUAUAGGCAAGCAAAUACUAUCAAAGUUAAUGCAUGACUGGAGACUGAUGGAUGAACUAGCGGUGUUGCGUGCCAUAUACUUGUUAGGUUCAGGUGAUCUAUUGCAGCACUUUUUGACGGUGAUAUUCAAUAAGCUGGAUAGGGGGGAGAAGUGUGACGAUGAUUUUGAAUUAAACACAUUAUUACAGGAGUCCGUUAGGAAUUCCGCUGAUGGCAAUCUACUGACUACUCCUGAUUCGUUAAUUGUAUCUAUCUCUAGAAGUCAAGUCUCUAAUAAUGAUGAGCAAAAUACCACGACAGCCUUUGCCUCCACCCCUCGUAAAAUGUCUGUACAGAGCUUUGGAAUUGACGGUCUGGAUUCUCUGAAUUUUUCGUAUAAGGUUUCUUGGCCACUUGAACUUAUUGCAAACACAGAAGCUAUUAAGAAAUAUAACCAGGUUAUGGGGUUCUUAUUAAAGGUCAAGCGUGCAAAGUUUGUUCUGGAUAAAGCUCGGAGGUGGAUGUGGAAGGGCAAAGGAAUUGCAUCAUACAGCCGCAAGCAUCACUGGUUGGUUGAGCAAAAGCUUCUCCAUUUCGUAGAUGCCUUUCACCAAUAUGUGAUGGACAGAGUAUAUCACAGUGCUUGGCGCGAACUUUGUGAGGGUAUGGCAACUGCUCGAUCACUGGAUGAGGUCAUGGAAGUGCAUGAGGCCUACUUACUGUCAAUUCAGCGGCAAUGUUUUGUAGUUCCAGAUAAGUUGUGGGCUCUGAUUGCCAGCCGGAUCAACAGCAUCCUCAGUUUAGCUUUGGACUUCUAUUCCGUACAACAGACACUUAGUAGUGGAGGAGCAAUUCCUACUAUCAAGGCCAGAUGCGAGAUGGAAGUGGAAAGGAUCGAGAAACAGUUUGAUGAUUGUAUCGCUUUCCUUCUUAGGGUUCUAUCGUUCAAGCUUAAUGUGGGGAACUUUCCUCAUUUGGCUGAUCUAGUGACGAGGAUAAAUUACAACUAUUUCUACAUGUCUGACGGUGGAAACUUGAAGACUCGCACGGGCACUGAAAGUGUGGCUUCUAGAUUUGGGAAAGCCCCUUCUGCUGGAGCUGAGUAGAUUAUGCUGAUGAUUGAUUAGUCACACGUGAAGAGACUAGGUUUCGUUGAAUCUGGCGUUGCUGGCAGAACAUCAGCUCCGAGCUACAUAUUGGAGGCCGUCGAAGGUGAGACGUUUGCACGGAAAAUCGGGCAAUGAGAACAAGCAGAAAAGUUCAUUUGGUGGCGAUCUUUUCCAUUGUUAUACCGGUGUUGCACUUUUAGGGUGGUAGUUUUUUCAUCUGUGUAACUCUCUGUGGUCAAGUUGUAAAUUCCCUGUAAAGCAUAGACUAUAUUUCUCUCUUGUGCUUUUGGCUAGCUACUGAUGAGUGCUCCAACCCCUUGUGUUUUGGUAAUUCUAUUGUUCUGAGUUCGUCGGAAACAGUUAAAAUGUACAUCAAGAAGGAUCAAUUCCUGAGCACCUGAUCCA